AUGUGGAAAGAACAGAGCAAAUGUCCCCAUGAAAGGGAUCGGGCUUUCUCUAAUAGCUUAGCAGUAGGCAAAAAAGAGCUAUUUGAUAGGCUAAAGGAUGUUUUGCGGAAAGAUCAGAGAGAAAAGGACGCCUUUGUUGGAGAUGUGCUUCGGCAAGAGAACCCUAAAGAGGUUUUUCUCCAAAUAGACUGCUGUGACUUCUUAAUUGUCUCAAAGGCAGAGGCACAGUCCUAUUUUGAGCUGUGGAGGAAAGUCACCUCAGAUAUAUACCCAUUUAAGAGGAUGUUUAAGCGAUGGCAGCACACAAAGGCGCAGGCACUUUUUCUUCACCAUGUUUUGUCGCUGCCUCCAGAGCUGGUUCAGCUGCACCGGGGAGACACUUCUUCGCUGAUAGAUCGGCACAAGGAAACGUAUGAGUACACGCCGUCUGUCAAGGAAAUGGCAAUUUCGAACUACAAUGCAGAGGAGCUUUUUGCGCUGCUGUCAGAAAUAGACAUAGAGGACGGCCUUGCUAUACUGAGCUAUGGUGUUUCAACAGUACCUGAGCUCAUCUGUUUUGGUCUUCUAAAGAACACGCAGAAGUAUGAAAGGCUUUUCCUUGAUACCUUUGCACACUGUCUCAUCAUGAGCGAAAGAAGCAAGGUUAUUCUCCGAAAGAUUUUUGACAGAAAGCCAAAGCUAACUCUGCUGACCAUGGAGAAGCUGCAGGCCUCGUCCUUUUCUCUGGAAGAGUGCCUAAUGGCGUGCCUAGAGUGUAAAAUACUUCCGUAUCUCAUCAGAGAGCUAGACCCUCUGGAGUUUUCGCUUGACAUGAUUCUAGUUGCAAUUACAAUGGACAUGAUUGACUUGAGUGUUAUUCUGUGCAUGCAGUCAAAUGACGAGUUCAUCAACAGUUUUAUCCAUCACAUAAUAUUCAGGUAUGGGAAAGGGUCUACGAAGGGAAUCAGCAUAACCCCACUGACAGUGGACAUUAUUAUUUCCACGUGCAUAACACUUGAGGGGCUGUCCAAGGGCCUUCAAAAGAGCACAGUUAUGCUGCUGGGAAAGCUGAAAAGCGCGCUCAUUCCAGAGAUCCGCACGUGUCUGGUGAAGCGGACCUCGCUGAAGCAGCAGGCAAGCGAGUUUCUCCAUAAUGCAAUCUCUGGGCGGACAAUUAACUCAGACGCCAUAGUGUACAUGACGCAGAUAUCUUCGAAUAAAAGCUCGUAUGACGUGGAGCUGUUUGAGCAUAUUCUGUGCGAGAUGGACCAAAAGUACAAUGUUUUGGAGCGGCUGGGCAUCCACGAGGUGCUUUCCAUGUCUUUGUUCUACGGAAGAAUGAUAAAGUACGAGAUACUUCCGGGAAAAAGAACAAAGGCUGCAAUGCGAAAGAUAGCGCUUUUUCUCCGGGAAGAUCCAUGCAGCAACAGCUUUAAGUUUGCGCUGAAGUGUCUUGAAACCUUUGGAGAUAUUCUGGAGAAGUAUCCGUUCUAUGCGCAGGAGUACUCGCGAAUGCCCCAGGUGUACGCUGCAAAUAAGUCUCUGUACACAUUUAUACGAGGACACUUGAGCAUCCAGGAGCUUACGUCUAAGAACGAGCUUGAUGGGUCACUUCCUUUUGCAGACCUGAUUUCGGGCGCGCUGGGAAAGAUCGAGGCAAACCCGAGUUGGCAGAAGUUCUUUAAUAUGCUUACGCUCUCUAACAUGCAGAGUGUUAUUGAAGGCAUCCAGGCCCAGCAGCCCCAGGAAAUAGACAUAGCGAAGUAUCUUAUUACAAAGAGGGUGUUUAGAGAGACGAACCAUCUGAAGGUUUACAUCCAGUUUAUCCUGGACUACUCUGAUACGCUCUACUUGAGGGUGCGCGAGAUGUUCUUUUUGAUUCUUAGAGUGUAUGCAGACAGACACACUGAGGUGGACAGAACAGACAAGGCGCCCUCGCUCCGAAUCAUCGGCACGUACUUGGGAAUGCUUAUGUUUACAGACCGGGUGCCAAUUGUAUGCAGCCAGUUUAGUGUAAAAGAGUAUCUUGUAGACAGCGCGGGCAAAGAGUAUAUAUACUCUGCAGUGGUUUUUGUGUGUAAGUAUAUUGAAGAGUGUCUGUCCAGCCGUAUUUUUGGAAAAAAGAGUCCGUACGUGGCCUCUAUUCUAAGAGUGCUGUCUGAGAUCCACUUCCUUGCAGAGGGAAGCGACCUGAUAUCCUUGGAGAUUGAGAUCUGCUUCUCAAAGAUUGAAAUUCCAAUUGAAGACAUCUAUCCCGACAUAUCCGUCCAGGAGAAAAGACUUGGGGCUAAGAGAAAGGCCUCCGGAAUAGCAACCUACAUAGAGCUUGAGGGCAUUCGAAGCAUGCUAGCACACAUUUCGAUAAUGGGUCUUGACUUGGCAAUCCGAGAUGUUCCGUAUCUCAUAGUAGACAAGAUAUUCAGCAUAUGCAGCAGAGCCUCUUCUGAGGCCGUGAAGAAAGACUUCCCUGGCAGGCCAGACCUGGCUGUGCGUGCAUACACAAACAUGGUGUACGCGCUGACAUCUGCACUUGCGUGCUCCUCAACUGCUGGGCCAAUUAAGGCAAGUGCUGUGAACAACAUCGCACACUUUAUGAGGCUAGCAGGAAUGGAAGACACCAUGAGUAACGAAAAAAUAGCGCACAUAGUAGACAAGAAUCUUGGCAUAUGCCUGGGUAUUGUGGAGUACAUUGCUCGGGAAAGAGUCAAGAUGGGAAUCGGCCUAAAGAUAGAAGAGCUUAUAGAAGAAGUGUCGCAUCUUCCUAUAAAACCGGUUCCAAUCCAUAACAUAGACCUAUAUAACACAAAGGUCUACACGAAGCCAAGCUACAUCAUUGCAGAUGACAUACAGACAAUAACAAUUGGAGAGUAUCAUGAGAUCUGUGCAUACCUUACAUCAAUCAAUUACAAGAACAGAGAGAAUGCGGAGGCACUUGGUCCCUUUACAAGCUCGUCUGCACAGAAGAAGUGGGUGGACACCCAGAAAAUUCUGCAAGAGAUUGAGAAAAACUCUGAAGAAGUUGUCAAGCCAAAGCUUGCAAUUGAGCUACUGGAAAGCCUGCACGCAAUCAUUAGCUUUGUUUCAUCUGGGGCAAACGAAAUGGCGUGUCUUUUCUUCUGCCAGAACAUCAUUGGAAGCAUCUUCAUGCUUAGCAACCAGUGGGCACAAAAGGUCUGCAUUCAGGCGGUGUACAGAAUCUGCAAGCUGUCCUACAGCUCUAUGCGAGAGGUGUCUUCGUGGCUUAUAUACGCAGAGGAUGAAAGAAAGUUCAACCCAAAGGUCAUUGCCCAGAUGCUUGACCACAAGAUUAUGAACGUCCUUGAGUACGAUCUAUACCUAGGGAGCACUCUGAUGCGAAAUACUCAGCGAGUAAAGUUUGCGGCAGAGCUUCUUCGCCUCUGCAUUCUAUCGGAGGUGCCUGUUGGGAACCCAUUUGACUACAUAUGCAUUAUAGAGGCAGUGUCCAAAACGUCAAAAGGCACAUCUGACGACCGAACCAAGGGCUUGCUUAAGGAGAUAGCUAGCAAGAUUUUCCUGAUUCGAAAAGACAGUUCAGACAAGAAGCUCUUUGAAAUGUGGACUGAUGUGUACUUUUGCAAGGUUCUUGGAAGCGAGCGAAGCAGCGCUCUUAAAGAGAUCAUUGCCUCCAUUGAGGAAAGAACCAGCACGCAGGCCAGCCUGCAGGAGUUCAUCAAAUGCAGCUUCUCAGCAGCACUUGAGUCAUAUCUUCGGGCGCGAAAGGAGUGCUCGCCUAUUAAGUAUCUGAAAAUCGAGUCGCUUGCGGUUCUUGUAUCCACGCUUGCCACCACUCGGGAGCUUUUUUCCGAGUGCCUUUGCAUUCUGACAGACAUCUUUUUGGACGGUGUAGACAUACAGUAUUACCAAAUGCAGACACUCUUUACCAGAAUUUUGCAGGUGAUUCUUGAAAAGAUUUCGGUGGACCAGGAGGAUAUUAUCUUUGACUUCCUGAGGAUUAUGCGCCCAACCUCCUGCGGAUUCUUUUUGUCUGGCUUUAUUGAGAUUGUUUUCUCGGAGUAUAUUAUUCGAAAUAUGUUCCUGCGGAAUGCAUUCAGAGGUGUGGCCAUCAUUGAGUGGAUCUGCCAGGCGCUUCAGGUGAUUGAACCCUCGCCCUACUUAGAUGGGAUUGUAUAUGCAUGUGCUGCAUUUGUUCUGCAGCUCAAAAGAUAUGCGCCAAACUUCUACAGCCACUACUCGUACCUUGCGCUGCUUAUGGUUCCUAUUUCACCCUCCAUGGUUUUGCUGCGUAAUGUGUGGUCGCUGCACAGGCAUCCUUCAUACAUGGAGCUGCUGGUGCAGCACAAGCACCUCAUUGUCAACAAAGAGUACUAUGCAAUCCUUGUGAAGGUAAAUGAAGCUCUCCAGGACAAGAGCCCAAAUGUGUUUUCCAUUACCACAAAUGAAGAGCUUCUCUCGCAUGUCUUAGUUGACUCGCUUACUAACCACGCAGACUCGUCCAAGGUGUACCACGAGAUCAUUCUCAGCCUAUUCUCACAGCCAGGGAAAAUAUCUUACAAGGAGCAUAUUCUGGCAAGACUCCUGGAGAAAAGCUGUGCUCCGCCGCCCAAGCCGCUUUUUGUGCGCAAAACACUAGAUGCGCUGCUUAACGCCCAGACAUAUAUGGAAUCGCUGGGGGAGAUUGUGCGCAGAGACAAAGAGAUUCUUAGUAAGCUCAUUGUCAGAGUGUCUACAAUCCUGGCAACAGAUACUGUUCUAAAUUAA